UUUUCAUCCCCCACAGCCACAACUAUUUGUCAGGACUCCCUGCCCCUCCUUCUGGAUCACAGGAGACGGGAACUCCAGAGUCGACAGGAAUGCUACCGCUGGAAGGUCUAUGCCCCUGGCUUCCCUGGCAUCAUAGACGUCAGCAACUUCGAGGAGAUGGAAACAGACAAGAAAUUUGCCCUGACCAAGACGGCACCUUGCACAGACCAAGGGGACAGCAGCGGGAAUCAGUACCUGCCUGGCUUCCCCAUGAAAAUCGACUUCCCGUCCCUGCUGCACAUGGACCCCAAUAUUCGCUACUCGGCCACCAAGACGGUCUCCCUGCUCUUCAACGCCAUCCCUGCGUCCUUGGGCAUGAAGCUUCGAGGACUGCUGGACCGCAAGGGCUCCUGGAAGAAGCUGGAUGACAUCCGGAAUAUCUUCUGGUGUCACAAGACCGUCACUUCAGAGUAUGUCACCGAGCACUGGUGCGAGGACCCGUUCUUUGGGUACCAGUAUUUGAAUGGUGUCAAUCCCGUCAUGCUCCACUGCCUCUCCAGCCUGCCCAGCAAGCUGCCUGUCACCAAUGACAUGGUGGCCCCCUCGCUGGGUCCGGACACCUGCCUGCAGACAGAACUAGAGAGGGGGAAUGUCUUCCUAGCGGACUACUGGAUCCUGGAGGAGGCCCCCGUCCACUGCCUCAACGGCCGCCAGCAGUACGUGGCCGCCCCGCUCUGCCUGCUGUGGCUCAACCCGCAGGGGGCGCUGGUGCCCUUGGCCAUCCAGGUGAGACCUGGGGCGGGCUUCGGGGGCGGGCUCAGGCGGCACGCCGGCAGCCUCGAGCCUCAACCCCCUUAUUAUUCUUGGACGCAGCUCAGCCAGAACCCCGGGCCCCAAAGCCCCAUCUUUCUGCCCACUGACUCCUACUGGGACUGGCUGCUGGCCAAGACGUGGGUGCGCAACUCGGAGUUCCUGGUGCACGAGCACAACACGCACUUUUUGUGCACGCAUUUGCUGUGCGAGGCCUUCUCCAUGGCCACACUGCGCCAACUGCCGCUGUGCCAUCCUGUCUACAAGCUCCUGCUUCCCCACACUCGCUACACGCUGCAGGUGAACACCAUCGCUCGAGCCACGCUGCUCAACCCCGACGGCCUGGUGGACCACGUGACGUCCGGCGGGAGGCAAGGCCUCCUCUACCUCAUAAGCACAGGUCUGGCCCACUUCACCUACACCGAUUUCUGCCUUCCGGACAGCCUGCGGGCCCGCGGCGUCCUGACCAUCCCCAACUACCAUUACCGAGACGACGGCCUGAAGAUCUGGGCGGCCAUUCAGAGCUUCGUCUCAGAAAUCGUGGGCUACUAUUAUCCUAGUGACGCAUCUGUGCAGCGGGACACGGAGCUGCAGGCCUGGGUCGGCGAGAUUUUUGCUCAGGCCUUCUUGGGCCGGGAAAGCUCAGGCUUCCCGCAAAGGCUGUGCACUCCGGGAGAGCUGGUGAAGUUCCUUACUGCCAUCAUCUUCAACUGCUCGGCCCAGCAUGCCGCGGUCAACAGUGGGCAGCAUGACUUUGGGGCCUGGAUGCCC